CUGAACGUCAACGUGUUCACCGCCUCCUUUGUUGAGACAUUCAACACCAAAAAUAAGAGACAAUUGAAUAUUAUUGUUUUGCCCUUUUUUUAGUGGCUGGAGUCAAUAAUUAUUCAUCAGCCCGAGAUUUUUUUGAGAAUUCUAAUUGGUAUUUCGUUGUCACAAAUGAUAUUGAAUCUGGAGGGCACAACAAAUCAACUGGUGGUAUUGAUGGUUCAUACAUGAUGUUGAGGGGAUUUUCGGUGGAUUGAAGUAGCUCCUAUUGCAGUGAACGUCAAGUUUUCUAUCAUUAAUUUGGUUCUUUUGAAUUUUAAUCUUGAGGUGCGGAAUGGAAGGCCAGCAGGUGAGAGCAGUUUAUGAUUUUUCGGGAGAUCCAGGAACCGCGGAGUUAUCGAUCACAGCUGGUGAAAUUCUCACAGUGACUCGGGAUAAUGUUGGUGAUGGCUGGUGCGAGGGCUACAAUCAGCACAAUAAAUCUGGACUAUUUCCAGCGGCUUAUGUUCAAGCCAUUGAGCCUUCAGCCCCAGCCUCCAUGACUCAGAGCACAGGGGAUUACUGGGACGACGACUGGGACGACGACUCCGAGGUCGGACAGACCCAAGCUUACGUACCCCCUGGAAACUACCUGCACAAUCAAAUAUCUGGACAAUCAAGUAUCGAUAGUAGUACGAUGCAAAACGUUCAUUCGGUCAUUCCAGAGAGGAGCAUGCCAAAUGUACCAAAGAAAAAUAACAAAUUUUCAACGCUCAUUAAAUCCGGUGAGGACAGCUUUCUCCUCGGGAAUAGGGUUGUUCCUGUUCCUGAGAGUGAGAAGGUCUUCGUGGAGGAAACUGAGGAUGGCAGGUGUGAAUGGGUGCCCACCGGGGAGAGAUACAGUUGUGUCAUAACUUCACCCAAAAAAGAAUCGAAAUUGAAGGGACUCAAGAGUUUUAUUGUUUAUCAACUCACGCCGACGUUUAAUAAUAUUCAAGUGUCCCGGAGAUACAAACACUUCGACUGGCUGCACGAGAGGCUAGAGGAGAAAUUCUGUUUUAUAUCAAUUCCUCCUCUCCCAGAUAAACAGAUAUCGGGAAGAUACGAGGAGCAAUUUAUUGAGCACCGACGAACGCAACUCCAGGAGUUCGUGGAUUAUGUGUGCCGGCACCCAUUGUUGUCACGCAGUCGAGUCUGGGAGCAUUUUAUCACGUGUACAGAUGAGAAGCGUUGGAAAGCUGGAAAACGAACGGCUGAGAAGGACGAACUCCUGGGGGUCAAUUAUUUUCACGCUGUCCAGUGCACGGACACUCCCCUGGACGCCAUCAAAGUGGAAAUUCAGAUCGACGCCUUCUCGAGAUUCAUCAAUGGGCUGGACCCGGUUGUCAAGAACUUUAUGGCGAUGGCUAUGGACCAGGGGAAGAAGCAUCAGGGAUUGUACAAGAGGGAAUUCCAAAAAAUCGGCCAGUCUUUUGUGUCUCUGGGGCAUGCCCUGGAGGGAGACGUCGGCAGACUCACGCAAGCUCUGAAAUUAACGGGAGAGGCAUACAACGAUAUUGGAAAAUUAUACGAAGAUCAGCCCAAGUUCGACUGGGAACCACUUGCUGAUAAAUUUCAUAUAUACAGGGGAAUCAUUGGGAGAUUCUCUGAUGUCAUCGGUAUCCACAAGAGCGCAGUACAAAAGCGAAAAGACUGCGAGCGUUUAGUAACCGAGCAUAAAAUGGAAUUGAACCAGCUGGGAGAGUUAUCACGAAAAACUGAUAUCAUAGCUCGAACUCUUUUGGCAGAGGAGUCACAUUUCCAAACGGAACGAGAGGUGCACAUUCAACAAGCGAUGAGAAAGCACCUCGAGGAGCAGAUAAAUUUCUACAAAAAUAUAGUGUCUAAAUUGCAAGACGCCCUGGCAGCCUACGACGCAUGAAAUUCAUAUGAAAAAUUAUUUUUGCUCUCCAAUUAAUAAUCUCCAGUUUGGUGCAUUUCAAUGAGUAUUAUGGUACAUUUACAUACCAUCGAAGAUCACUGAGUAUUGAUAACUAUCGAUUUUUAAAUUCUCUAACCCUGGACUUGUAUAUAUCCAAAUAACAAUGUAACAAUGAUGAUUAUUAUUGAUAAUAAAGAAAGAUGUCUCAAACGCUGAGGAAAGAAUUCCAUUCAAUUUCAGAAAUAUGUGUAUUUUCCAGUAACAUUAUAAUAAUCACAAGCACUGUACAUAUUUUCUUUAAUAUUUCACCAGAAUAUAUAGCCUCGACUCCACUCGCAAAAAAAAAA